CGCGCCCCGGCUGGGCCAGAGCUCCCGGCCCACUGCUCCCCGCCGCUUCUCGACUGGCCCCUGCAUGCAUCCCGGGGGCAAGCACAGGGCUGAGCUUCCAGAAAGGCGCGAAGAUAUUUAGCUAAGGUUUCAGGACCUUUUUUGAGAGAAGAUGAGUGUGUCUGCCAGGAUAAUGUAACUGGAGGGCCCAGGUUUGUGCCGACUCAGCCAUGGGAGCCAAUACUUCAAGCAAAGCUCCAGUGUUUGAUGAAAAUGCAGACGUCAACUUUGACCACUUUGAAAUUUUGCGAGCCAUUGGGAAAGGCAGUUUUGGGAAGGUCUGCAUUGUUCAGAAGAAUGAUACCAAGAAAAUGUAUGCCAUGAAGUACAUGAACAAACAGAAGUGUGUUGAGCGAAACGAAGUGAGAAAUGUCUUCAAAGAACUGCAGAUCAUGCAGGGAUUGGAGCAUCCUUUCCUGGUUAAUUUGUGGUACUCCUUCCAGGACGAGGAGGACAUGUUCAUGGUGGUGGACCUCCUGCUGGGCGGGGACCUGCGUUAUCACCUGCAGCAGAAUGUUCGCUUCCAGGAAGACACUGUGAAGCUCUUCAUCUGUGAGCUGGCCUUGGCCUUGGACUAUCUGCAGAGUCAGCGUAUCAUUCACAGGGAUAUGAAGCCUGACAAUAUUUUGCUUGAUGAACAUGGACAUGCACACAUCACCGACUUCAACAUUGCUGCCAUGUUGACCAAGGAGAUGCGGAUCACCACCAUGGCUGGCACCAAGCCUUACAUGGCUCCUGAGAUGUUCAACUCCAGAAGAGAGGCAGGCUACUCCUUUGCCGUUGACUGGUGGUCCCUGGGAGUGACGGCGUAUGAGCUGCUGAGAGGCAGGAGACCGUAUCACAUUCGCUCCAGUACUUCCAGCAAGGAAAUUGCACACAUGUUUGAGACGGCUAUUGUGACUUAUCCUUCAUCCUGGUCACAGGAAAUGGUGUCACUUCUUAGAAAGCUACUUGAACCUAAUCCGGACCAACGGUUUGCUCACUUGUCUGAUAUUCAGAACUUCCCCUAUAUGAAUGACAUGAACUGGGAUGCAGUUUUGCAGAAGAAGCUUGUUCCAGGCUUUAUCCCUAACAAAGGCAGGCUGAAUUGUGACCCCACCUUUGAACUUGAAGAAAUGAUUUUGGAGUCCAAACCCCUUCAUAAAAAGAAGAAACGCCUGGCAAAGAAGGAGAAGGAGAUGAGGAAAUGUGAUUCCACUCAGAUGUGCCUUCUCCAAGAACACCUGGAAUCUGUCCAGAAAGAGUUCAUCAUUUUCAACAGAGAAAGAGUAAAAAAAGACUUUAAUAAAAGAGCAGCAGACCUAACCUCGGAACAAACCAAAGGCUCACAAGGAGAGGAUGGGCAGAAUAACAACCUGUGAUGGACAGGACACCCUCUGCAUCUUUCUGGACAUCCUUUCCCCCAGGUCAGCCACUUUCAUUCUCUACAUCCGGGAAAGGCUGACAGACCUGCUUGUCUCUCCACUCCUCAGCUGCCUUGGGAAUCCACAUGAGCAUCUUCAGAAGGAGUCAACAGGACAUGGCAGAGAGGG